CUAGUUCAAAGAUUGGCCAAAGCAACAAGUUUUGUAAUUGCUUAAAACAGCAAAUCCAAGGGCUGAGAAUCUCAGUUUCGAGCAUUCAUUAAUCAAGCCUGUUAAAUAAUUACCUCUUCGCGGCUUCUUGUCAAUUGUUCAUGACGAUAACUGUCCAUGGCACUGUUCCAGGAGCCAUCCUGUGAUGACAUAGGGGACAAGCCUGCUUCACCUCUGCUGGUGGGAAGGACUCCAGCAUGUGAGGAGUAUUUAAGAGACGAGGUUUCCUCCUUGGAAGUAAAUGAUCAUAAGAAUAGUCCAAAGUAGGCAAAAUCUGAACAGGUAGAAGAAGCAGUGAAAUCCUCUCCAAACUCUUUUACAGGAAGACCAUAUCCACUGCAGCCUACAAAUAAUGACUCCCCAGCUGAAGACUCGACUGAACAUAACCCCACGACUCAUUCAGGGGGAUUUGAAGAGCCUGUCUCAGGAAGUGAGACACUUCAUUGAAAGCAAUGCCAAGCUGUGCCAACCUGCUAGAAUUCAUAUCUGUGAUGGCUCAGAGGAAGAGAACAAAAACAUUCUGGAUACCAUGGUAGAACAAGGCAUGAUCAAAAAGCUGAAGAAGUAUGAGAACUGUUGGUUGGCUCUCACUGAUCCAAGGGAUGUGGCAAGAAUUGAAAGCAAAACAGUCAUUAUCUCUCAGGAGCAGAGAGAUACCAUUCCAAUCCCUAAAACUGGAACUAGCCAGCUGGGUCACUGGAUGUCAGAAGAAGAUUUUGAGAAAGCCUUCAGUGUCAGAUUCCCCGGGUGCAUGAAAGGACGUACAAUGUAUGUCAUCCCCUUUAGUAUGGGGCCCAUUGGGUCUCCUUUAUGCAAGAUUGGGAUUGAGCUGACAGAUUCGUUGUAUGUGGUGGCCAGCAUGAGGAUCAUGACCCGGAUGGGAACAGCCAUCUUGGAAACCCUAGGGAAUGGAGAGUUUGUAAAAUGCCUUCAUUCAGUUGGGUGCCCUUUACCACUAAAAAAACCACUAGUAAACAAUUGGCCCUGCAACCCAGAUUUGACUCUGAUUGCUCAGAUUCCUGAUCGCAGAGAAAUCAUCUCUUUUGGCAGUGGUUAUGGAGGAAACUCCUUGCUGGGGAAAAAGUGCUUUGCCCUCAGGAUUGCCAGCAGAAUUGCCAAGGAAGAGGGCUGGCUUGCUGAGCACAUGCUGAUCCUGGGUAUCACAAACCCAGAGGGUGAGAAGAAGUACUUUACCGCAGCAUUCCCCAGUGCAUGUGGAAAAACUAACUUGGCUAUGAUGAACCCAACUCUGCCAGGAUGGAAAAUAGAGUGUGUUGGGGAUGAUAUUGCCUGGAUGAAAUUCGAUGAGCAAGGUAAUUUAAGGGCAAUCAAUCCAGAAAAUGGAUUUUUUGGAGUUGCUCCUGGGACAUCAGUAAAAACAAACCCCAAUGCCAUAAAGACCAUACACAAGAAUACCAUCUUCACCAAUGUAGCAGAAACCAGCGAUGGAGGUAUAUACUGGGAAGGCAUCGAUGAACCACUUGCACCAGGAGUGACACUGACUUCAUGGAAGAACAAGAGGUGGACCCCAGGGAAUGGGGAGACUUGCGCCCAUCCCAAUUCUCGAUUCUGCACCCCUGCCAGCCAGUGCCCGAUCAUUGACCCUGCCUGGGAAUCUCCAGAAGGAGUGCCGAUUGAGGGUAUAAUAUUUGGAGGCCGUAGACCUGCUGGUGUGCCUCUAGUAUAUGAGGCCCUUAGCUGGGAGCAUGCCGUAUUUAUAGGAGCAGCUAUGAGAUCUGAAGCAACCGCAGCUGCUGAGCACAAAGGAAAAAUCAUUAUGCACGACCCCUUUGCCAUGCGGCCUUUCUUUGGCUACAACUUUGGCAAAUACCUUGCCCACUGGCUUAGCAUGGCACAUCGCCCAGCUGCAAAACUGCCCAAGAUCUUCCAUGUGAACUGGUUCCGAAAAGACAAGCAAGGGAAAUUCCUGUGGCCUGGUUUUGGGGAGAACUCCCGUGUGCUGGAAUGGAUGUUCAACAGAAUCCGUGGAGAGGCCGGUGCCAAGCUAACUGCUAUAGGCUACAUCCCUGCCGACUCAGCCUUGAACCUGAAGGGCCUAGAAGGCAUUGACAUGACAGAACUGUUUGAUAUCUCCAAAGAGUUCUGGGAAAAAGAGGUGACGGAAAUCAAGAAAUAUUUUGAAGAGCAAGUUAAUGCUGACCUCCCUUAUGAAAUAGAAAGAGAAGUUCUUGCACUGGAGCAAAGGAUAAAACAGCUGUAACUGAUCAAAACCGUUCUGAAUCCACACAUAACGAAGAUGACAAGCACACUUUACUGGAAGCACACUAAUACAUGGAUAGGUAGGGGCUAUGCUGAAAAAUAUAACAAUUUUCACAUAAUAAUUCUAAAAACACAGACUCCAAUGUUUUAGAGAAUGCCUGUUUCUGUUAUAAUGAGCAUUAAAGACCCAGAUGAAUGUGUUUUUAUCUUAGUGGUGUCAGUUACAAUAAAAAAAAAAACCUGUAAGCUGUAUAUAUGUAUUAUCUAGCUAUAUUUUCUAUCUUUAAAAAUAUUUGGAAAGAUUACUUACCAGAAUGAAAGAUUAUUUUGUAUUACAAAUGCAUAUUUAAAAUAUUUUUAUUUUAUGUCUCAUAUUCCGGUGAUUUCCAGAUGUUUUGCACAGCCUGUUCUUUAAAU